CACUUCCGCUUCCGGUCCGGUCCGCCCCCGCGUGGGGCGAGAGCUACACCAGCAGCUGGCUGGUAGCUAGUGUCUGGACAGCGUGGCGUGGUCGCUGUGUCUCUGGGUGUGCAGCUCCGCAGCCCUGCCGGCUAGAUUGACUUACGCAGAAUUCUCUGCCCUUGCCUGGGAGAACAGUUCAGGAGACAGAUGGCCCCAAGAGCCCAGAUCCAGGGACUGCUGACAUUUGGGGAUGUGGCCGUGGCCUUUACCCGGAUUGAGUGGAGACACCUGGAUGCUGCUCAGCGGGCCCUGUACAGGGAUGUGAUGCUGGAGAACUAUGGGAAUCUGGUGUCUGUGGGGCUUCUCUCUUCCAAACCAAAACUAAUCACUCAGUUGGAGGAAGGGGCAGAGCCCUGGAUGGAGGUGCGAGAGGCUCCAUCAGGCACACGUGCAGUCCAGGAUUACUGGUUUGAAACAAAGAUGUCAGCCCUAAAGCAAAGCACUUCUGCAGGAUCUGUUGUGGGAGAGCGAAGGAAAAGUGUCAUGAUGGAAAAAGGCCUGGACUGGGAGGGCAGAAGCUCCACAGAGAAGAACUAUAAGUGCAAGGAAUGUGGGAAAGUCUUCAAAUACAAUUCGUCCUUCAUUAGCCACCAGAGAAAUCAUACCAGUGAGAAACCACAUAAGUGUAAAGAAUGUGGCAUCGCCUUUAUGAACAGUUCAUCCCUUUUAAAUCACCAUAAGGUUCAUGCAGGCAAACAGCCUUAUAGAUGUGUUGAAUGUGGGAAGUUCCUGAAGAAGCACUCAACGUUUAUCCACCAUCAGAGAAUUCAUUCUAGGGAGAAACCCCACAAAUGCAUUGAAUGUGGAAAAACUUUCAGAAAGAACUCAAUCCUUUUAAGUCAUCAGAGAAUUCAUACUGGCCAGAAGCCCUACAAAUGUAAUGACUGUGGGAAAGCCUUCGCUCAGAAUGCAGCCCUUACUCGUCAUGAAAGAAUACACAGUGGAGAGAAGCCUUUUAAAUGUAACGAGUGUGGGAGAGCUUUCAGGGAUAACUCAACUGUGUUGGAACAUCAGAAAAUCCAUACUGGUGAGAAGCCAUAUCAGUGUAAUGAAUGUGGAAAAGCCUUUAGGAAGAGCUCAACUCUUAUUAGUCACCAAAGAAUGCAUACUGGAGAGAAACCCUAUCACUGCAGUAAAUGUGGAAAAUCUUUCAGGUAUAGCUCAUCCUUUGCUGGUCAUCAGAAAACUCAUAGUGGAAAUAAACCCUAUCAGUGUCGUGACUGUGGGAAGGCCUUUACAAAGAGCUCAACCCUUACUGGACAUCAGAGAAUUCAUACUGGAGAAAAACCCUAUCACUGUAAGAAAUGUGGGAAAGCCUUUCGGCACAGCUCAGGCCUUGUUGAACAUCAGAGACUCCAUACUGGGGAAAAACCUUAUAAAUGUAAUGAAUGUGGGAAAGCUUUUCCCCAAAGUUCAGCCCUUAAACAACAUAAGAAAAUUCAUAACAAAGAAAGAGCCACGAAAUGUAGUUAGUGUGGCAAAUUGUGCAGAGUAGUUUAUUCCUUCUGACCGUCAUAGAGGAGACAUUAAAUAAAUUAUGCAUUUAACAGAAAUACUCUGUGUACUUCUGAGAGAAUACCUCACUUGUGAGGAUAUUCAUUGUGAGGUUUGUACUAGUGAAAUAUUUGAAUAAGCUAAAUGUAUGUCAGUACGGAAGUAGUUAUAGCAUACUGCGUGCUAAUUGAAAAGAAUGAGGUGGAGCUGUAAAUACUGUACAAAGCCAGGCAUGGUGGCAUAUGCCUGUAGUUCCAGUUGCUUGGGAGGCUGAGACAGGAGGAUUGCUUAAGCCCAGGAGUUUGAGUCUGUAAUGCAUUAUGAUUGUGUGUGUGAAUAGCCACUGCACUCCAGCCUGGGCAACAUAGCAAGACUCCAUCUCUAAGUAAAAAAAUAUGACAGUAAAAAUAUACCCAUGAUACCUUGUUAAGUUAAAGAAGCAAGUUGCAGGAAAUCUAUAUUAUAUGCAUUCAAAAAGACCUGGAAAAAUAAAGAGCAAUCUUAACAGCAGUUAUCUCUCUCUGUCUCUCUCUCUCUCUUUUUUUUUUUUUUAAGAGACUAGCUCUUACUCUGUCACCCAGGCUGGAGUGCCAUGUGAUCAUAGCUCACUGUAGUUUUGAACUCGGGCUUGAACAACUUCCCACUUCAGUCUCUGGAGUAGCUGGGGCUACAGGCAUGUGCCACCACACUCAGUUAACAGCAGUUAUCUUUGAGGAGGAUGUAGAAUAAGUUGAGCAUCCAUAAUCGGAAAAUCUGAAAUCUGAAGUGCUCCAAAAUCCAAAGCUUUUCUGAGCACCAACAGGUGCAAAAUUCCACAACAGACCUUAUGUGAUGGGUUGCAGUUAAAAUGCAUCUUCAAGAUUCCUUAUUUUGUGCGUGCAAAUAUUGCAAAGUCCAAAAAAGUCUGAAAUCGUAAAUACUUCUGAUCUCACGCAUUUCAGACGAGGGGUACUCAACCUAUAUUGGUAUGAUGAAGUGAAAUUUUGACUUUGGCUGUGUCCUUUGAAAUGAAAUAUUUAAUCAAGCAUCAUUCAUGUGUCUUCUGUAACUUAGUGUAGUUAUCUUCCAAUAUGAGAAAACUCAGAAAUCAUAAAAACAAGACAAAUGCCACACAGAAACUAAAAGCUUUUAGUUUCUGCAGCUAGAGGCUUCUCAGUAUUAAAAUACAAAGCGCUGAACUUGGAGAAAAUAUUACCAUCAUCAUAUUUAACAGAUAACACUUAGAAUAUCUAGAGACUCCUUAAAAAUACAUAAAUAUAAAAAUUCCAGUGGAGAAAUGGUCUUGGAUAUGAAUGUACAAUUAUCAGAAAAAGAAAUAUAAAUGAUUAUGCCUACAAACUUUGACCCUUUGACCUACCAUUUAUAUUUAAAAUCUAAUUAAAAAGUACAGUGUUGUAGUAAUGAAGAGCUGGAGUCACUGUAACGUCUGUCAUCAGGGGAAUGUUUAAAUUAAGAUACAUGCAGUCUUUGGACUACCAUGUAGUCACUCAACAUUUAAUUAAAAGACAGUCCUUUAAUUAAUUAACAUUUGGUGAGUUAGACUUUUAUGAGCUGACAGGGAAAGCUGUCUAUAACAUUAAGUUGAAAAAGAUCCAAAGUAAAGAAUAAUAGUAUAGUACUUCUUUUGUGUAGUCAAUGCAUUACCUGAAUAUUUUAUGAUAAAACUAUAUCACAGAUAUAGUUCAAAAUGUAAAAGAAAUAAAGCAAACUUGAAGAAGAAUGCUAUGAAAUAGAAAAUAUCUAAGUAUUCAACUCAUGACUGAAAAGGGCCAGAUUUAAUCAAAAGAAACACAGUUGCACACACAUAGAUGAUUGUUAGUAAGAACUGGUUAAGCUGCUUUGGAUAACAGUUUGGCAACAUAAAUGUAAAUCUAAAUGUAUGUUCUCAUUGACCCAGAAAUGCCACCCUCAAACAUUUAAGGAAAUAAUUUGACUAACUUACAGAGCUUGUAUUGCUCAUCACCAUUGGUUACACUAAUAUCCUGGAAAGAUGUGGGAGAAACAUCUAAGUAGGGAAAUGUUUAAAUAAGUUACAAAACUCUCAUAGGCUAGCAUCCCAGUUACUACAGAUGUAUAAUAAACCAUCACACACUUAGCUGCCAGUAUUUAUGCUCACAGAUUUUGUGAGUCAAGGAUUCAGAAAGGGCACAGCAGGAACAGCUUUGUAACCCCAUGAUGUCUGGGAUUUCAGUUGGGAAAAUUCAAGGUUGGAAUCGACAGUUGGUCAGUGGAGUCAUCUGAAGUGGCCACACUAUGGUAGCCACAGGUGGCUACUGAGCAGUUGAAGUGAGGCCAGUCUGAAUGGAGACUAGUGUGUUGAUUGAAAAUAGGACUGUAAGUAUAAAAUGUGCAUCAGAUUUCGAAGACUUUGUAUAAAAAAAGAAACUAAACUAUUUUAAUGUUUUUUAUAUUGACUGUAUUUUAGAUAGGUUAAACUAAAUGUAUUAAAAUUGAAUUUUAAUGUGACUACUAGAAAAUUUCCAUUUACAUAUGCGGCCUACAUGUAUGGUUCGCAUGUUUCUAUCAGACAACACAACUGAAGGCUCCAUCACAAAUUGGGUGGUUGAUGCUGUUGGCUGGGACCUCAGCUAGGGCAGCUGCAUGUGAACACCUACAUGUGACCUUUUUAUGUGGCUGCAUAGGCCUCCUCAGCUUGGUGCCUGGGUUCUGGAGAGUCAGGCAGAGAAACUGUUAUUGCCUGUUGUGAUGUAGCAUCAGAAAUAACAGCAUCUCGGCUGGGUGUGGUGCCUCAUGCCUGUAAUCCCAGCACUUUGGACGCUGAGGUGGGUGGAUUGCUUGGGUCCAGGAGUUCAAGUCCAGUCUGGGCAACUUGGUGAAACCCAGUCUCUACAAAAAAAUUAGCCAGGUCUGUGGCACGUGCCUUUGGGACAUGUAGUGCCUAUAGUGGUGGGGAGGCUGAGGUGGGAGGAUUGCUUGAGCCUGGGAGGCAGAGGUUACAGUGAGCCAAGAUUGCACCACUGCACUCCAGUCCGGGCAACUGGAGUGAGACCUUGUCUCAAACAAAGAAACAACAACAAUAACAAAAAAUUUGGCGUCUCUUUCUCCAUAGUCAAGCCUGUCCAAACUCAAAGGAGAGGGAACAUAGACCAUACUUUUUUGGAGGAGUAUCAGAGUCACAUUGCCAGAAAAGUAUAUUCAAUGGAGUACAUUAUUACAACAGUUUUGGAAAAUAUGAUCUGCCAUGGCAUAUGAUACAACCAUUAAAAAGGAUAAAGUGGAUAUGUUGGAUGAAGAAAUAGGUUACAGAACAGUAUCUGAAAGCUUAUGGCAGCAGUUUAGAAGUAUAAUCUUUGGAGUCAGGGUGCAAGAUGCAGCUUACCUCUUAAUAUAUUUUGUGAAACCACUGGCUAGUUAUAUAGCCUAUUGAAUCAUCUACCAUGUACAGAUAAAAAAAACCUAGUUUUGUUUAAAGGAGGUAAAUUUGUAAAGUGCUUAGCUGAAUACCAGAUGCAAAGUGUAAGGUAAAUGUUAGCUGGUGCUGUGUUAGUUAUAUUCAUUUCUGUUUGUUUAAAAAGUGUAUAGUAUGUAUACAUAUAUACACGCACACAUAUAUAUGUAAAGGUGUAUAUACAUAUAUUUCUCCUAUAUUUUAAAAAAUAUAAAGUUAAAAUUCUGCAUAAAGAUAUAAAAUAAAAAAUUUCUCUCAUAUAUAUAUGAGAGGUCUCUUACAAAAUUGAUUAAAGAUCUCAAAAGAACGUGCUCCACCAUGAUCUAUAUCCUGUGCACAAGGCUCAAGAGGGGCCAGUGGUUUUACCUGCUGUCAGACACCGUGAACAAAGCUUGGGUAUUGGCUUGUCUUAUUGAGGAAACCUACUUUAACAUAUGAAAACAAAUAAAAUAUUUCAAAAUGGUAA